AUGUAUGAUAAAGCUUCACAGGUGAAGGGCCUGAAGAGCAUUUCUGUCUCCGACCGAGACGGAGUCAAGUUCAUCUCAUAUCGUGGGGGAGACGGCAAGAGCAGCCAGGACAGCCUGGAAGCAGGGUUCGCGCUGACAGCAGACCAGAUAUCAAAGUUGCCUCAUGGCGCCUGUAACUCGGUGACUGCCGUCUACGAAGAUCAGAUAGUCGUGCACGUGAAUGCUUACCCAUUAGGGUACAUGGAGACAGGCGGGCCAGAGGCGCUGCAUCAGCUGUGUGACAUGCUCGAGCGACAUGGAGCAGAGGCGUACAUGCUCUACCUGGGGCCCAUGGAGAACAUAUGGGAGCUGGACUUGUUGGUGAGGACGGGGCAGGCCGAAGCUAGCCUGGAGGCGAUGAUACGGUCUGUGAUGCGAGGAGGAGGAGUGACGGAAAGGUACUCGUACCUGUCUUGCCGGUUGGCGGAUCGGUUGCCCUCUGGGCCCUGUGAGGUGUUGGUCCUGCCGGAGGUGUGGACGCGGUACGUCGACGUGAUCGCGGGAGUGAGGAGAGUGAUAUGGUGGCUCUCGGUUGACAAUAACGGCAGAGGGUUCCAACAGUUCUCUCGAGCUGAUAUCCAUCAUAUCACCAACUCACACUACGGGCUGGCUUACCUGAGAGAGAUGGGAGUGGAACGUGCUCGACUCGUCAACGACUACAUCGUCGAGUCGUCAAGCUUCACCAAGUCUCUGCCUCCACCCUCCACAUGCUCGGUUGACAAGGAGAAUAUCGUGGCGUUCAACCCCAGGAAGGGUCUGGACGUGAUGAUGCGAGUGAUCGCGGGACUGCAGCUCAAGUCCUGGAGUGAGGGAGAGAAGCCUGUCUUCGUCCCCGUCCAGAACUUGAAGUCGUCAGCCAGUCUGCUCAAGAUCGCCAAGAUCUACCUCGACUUCGGGCAUCACCCGGGGCAGGACAAGAUCCCUCGGGAGGCCGCCAUGGCUGGAUGUGUUGUGAUCACCAACAGGCAGGGCUCUGCCAACUUCAUCCAAGAUGUCCCUCUCCCCGACAUGUUCAAGUUCCAAGACCCGACCGGAGACAUUGACAGGCUUCACCUGCUGCUGCGCCUGGUCCUCGCCAACCACUCCGGGUACCUGGAGCACAUGCGCGAGUACGUGAGGAUGGUGAGAUGGCAGGAGGAGGAGAUGCUGGCUGCUACUUCCAUGCUGAUCAAGGACGUCUUUGACGACAUUGAUCCCUCCAUUAUCGCUGCGGGGCCGCAUGAUACACUCGAAGACUCAGCUGGAAGAUCACGUGCCACCAGGGAGGAAGCAGGAGCGGGAGGAGGAGGAGAGGAAGAGGCAGGGGGAGGAGCAGGAGGAGCUGGGAAGACAGGAGCAGCAGAUUCUCCGCAAGCUAGAGUGAGCGACAACGCGAGCUCGAUCGGGCCCGUCGGGUGUCCUGGGAGCGGGAUAGACGAGGACGGGUGUGUGCUUGCCGUGUGGGCUGGGACGAGGAAAGGAGGAGGGCAGAGGGAGUGCAGGGCAGUAGGCAGAGACUGUACAGGAGGAGGAUGCGCUAUGGUGUCAAGCAUGCCGUUGGUUGGGAGGCUUCACGUCCCGGGGGUGGAGGAGGAGAUGGCGGGAGAUGUUGCCGACGCGCUGGGAAAGGAUGAUUUCUGUGACUUGCCGAUGAUUGUUAUCAGGAAUCUGGUGGAAGGAGAAAUCAGGAAGAGCGGAGAGACGACGAUCUCAUACAGCACCAACGGGAAGGAUGGAGAGGUCGAGGUCUACCUUUACGUCAACCAUCAUCUGCAGACUUGGGUCAACGACGGCGUUGCUGUCUUCCCCCUCCGCCGCUCGUCUCAGACCCUCACGUUCGAGCUUCCUGCCGGAUUCCACGUCAUCAUGCUAGAGGCGAGGAUGACAUGUGGAGCUGAAGUCGUGCUUGCGGAGACCUCCGUCUCUGUUGAGGUCUGGGACUUCUACUGCAGCGUCUGCUGUCCUCUUUGCAACUCAGAAAGCGGAGGAGAGCGGCAGGAGGAGGAGGAGAAGAGGAAGGGACAAGGGAAGGAGUGGCGCGAGGAGUUGAGGAAAGGUCGGGAGGAAAUGUGGGAGGAGGAUGAAUGGUGGCAGGCAAACGAGGAGGAUCGGAGGGAGACAAAGGAGGGGGGGAAGGAGGAAGAGGGCAACACUACCCAAGACCCGGAGGGAGAUAUGAUUCGUGAAGGAGAGGGGUCGUACCGUCCGGAGAAGGGCUUACAAGAGGAGGAUGAGGAGGGAAUGGGAAAAGCCGGAGAGGAAGGGUUGAGGAAAGAGGUGGAGAAGGAGGAGGUGGUGCAGGCGGAGAAGGCGGCAAGGGAGCACAAGUCAAGUGAGGGCCGAGAGGAGCACAGAGCGGAGGAGGAGGAGGAGGGGAAGGAGCAGCAGCGGGGGGCGAAGGGACCGGCAGAGGUUGUGGCAGCGAUCGUUGUGUUCAACCAGGUGGACAUGCUGAGUUACCAGGUUGAGUCCAUCCAGACGCACUUCCAAGAGCAGACAGAGAUCCUCGUCGUUAUCAACUCUCCCCUCGGUCCCCUCCGCCACUCCUUCCUCUCCGUCUGCAAGCUCUACGGCGUCCGAGCCCUGAUCCCUCCCCAUGACCCGUCGCUGGCCAACAGCAGCAGCGGGUCGGUUGCCUCCAGGAACCACUCGCAGGCGGUCAACUGGCUGUGGAGGAACGUCAUUCUGCCCGAGUACCCUCGUUCCAUCUUCGUCCUCCUUGACCCUGACGUUUUCCCCCUCGGCCCCGUCUCCAUCCGCUCGAGGCUGCUGCCCACGAGCAGGCGGACGGGAAGGGAGAGGGAGGAGGAGAGGAGAGCAGCGGAGGAUGGGAGGGAGCAGCAGCAGCAGCAGCAGCAGCAGCAGCAGGGGGAGGGGGAGGCGUACCUGUGUCAGAUGCGGGGGCUGCUAGCAGGGAGCGUGAGGUGCAUAGGAGAGUGCGAGAAGGGAAGCUUCGUUGUGUUCAUGCUGCCUUGGCUAAUGUACGUUGACCUCCCCUCCCUCCCGGACCCCCAGCAGAUUCACUUCAGCCCGGACGUCUACAAGGGAGUUCAGCUCGACUCGGGAGGUGGACUGGCUGAGUACUUCGACCGGCACCAUGCGCUGGAGGUGGGCAAGAGGAUCGGGAAGGAGGAGGAGGAGGAGGAGGAGGAGGAGGAGGAGAGGGGUCGAGUGCGAGUCUGCUCCAUGAGCUCUUACAAGCUUUCCCCCGAACUCUUCGGCGAGUGCCUGAGCAUGGUGCCGAACCUGCCGAUGCCGACGAUGAUGGACGGGAUCUUCAUGCAUGCUCAGUCCCUGGGGAGCGACUGGGACGUCGAGAUGAUCCGAAUGGGAUGGGGAGGGAGGGAGGGGAGGGGAGACGCGGAGAGCCUGGAGGAGGAGGCGGAGAUGUACUCCCUGCAGAAGGACUCCAAGAAGAACUGCAUCUAUCAGUGA